AUGUCGCCUAAAAUCUGCAUUUUUGUCGUUUCGAAUCCAUUUGGGAUUCGAAUACCAUCACUCUAUCGUCUUCCACAUCUCACGUCAUUGAAUAUUAUCGAUGCUGAGUCGACAAAUAUAAGUACAGUUUUAUUUAAUCCGAAUGCUCUACCAUAUUCAACACAAUUGUGUGGUACAGCAUUACAAAAUUUAAUAAAUGAUCGUCAACGGACGAAUCUGCAUACUAUUCAUUUUUCAGAAGUUUAUAGAUUCGAUAAUCUCAUAUGUUUACUUAAACAUAUUUGCAAUAUUUACUAUAUAAAUUUAGAUUUUAUUCCAACUACUCAACGUUAUAUACGAAAUGAAUUACCUUCCUUUGAUCAUAUUAAAGUCAACUAUUUGGAACAUUUUCAACUAAAUAUGAUAAUUAGGCCUAAUAAAGACAGUAAUGAUUUAUUACUCGUAUUAAUACAAUCAAUUCAUCCAUCAUUAAAACGUUUAUAUUUAACAUUUGAUAAGAGUUAUAUGCUAAGUGAUAAAUUUAUACGGCUAAAAUACAAAUACCCAUUAAUAGACAUUCGAACUAAAGGACAUUGCUAUUGUGAUGUCAUGGGACGGAUGUAG